AUGAAUCCCAUUACAUCAUUAUUCACACGACGCAGUUUGAAUCGAUGGCGAAUUGUGGAACUUGUCCUUACCGGCCUUACUGCAGUAGCGGCAUCGCUGCUCAUUGUGUUUGUUCCCGCCGCCCGUGUUUAUUGCGGUAUGGCGUUAACACUAUCCGUCAUUAUCGUUCUUCGGCUUUGGCGACUGUUGCCAAGUGACCGGCGGCGUGUUUGGCGGGAAUCACACAAAUUGGCUGAUAAGAUGCUGAGAGAGCGACAAGGAACAACAAUAGCCGCAACUACACCGGCUGCAGAUGUGGAGAUGCGGCCGUUGGUGGCUCAAUCUAUGCAGCCAGCAGCCACUAUGCAGUUCUCUGCGAUAUCACCAUCGCAGCAGAUAUUGAUGGGCUCUAUGCUUUCACCACAGCAACAACAAGCCAUGAUUGCGGCUUCUGUGCUCUCACAAUUACAACAACAACAACAACAAUCAAUAUUGGCUGCUUCUAUGAUACCACAAUUACAACAGGCAAUGAUGGCUGCUUCCAUAAUGCCACAGUAUCAACAACAACAACAACAAUUACAAUCAAUGAUGGCUGCUUCUAUGAUGCCGCAAUAUCAACAGCAACAACAACAGCCAAUGAUGGCUGCUUCUAUGAUGCCACCGUAUCAACAACAGCAACAACAACAAUUACAAUCAAUGAUGGCUGCUUCUAUGAUGCCGCAGUAUCAACAGCAACAACAACAGCCAAUGAUGGCUGCUUCUAUGAUGCCGCAGUAUCAACAGCAACAACAACAGCCAAUGAUGGCUCCCAUGUCUUCACAAUCACAACGUAAUUACAUUGGAUCACAUGUCUCUCAAAUGGUGGCUCCAGAUGUUGGGGGAGAAGGCAAUGUGCUUCCGAAACCCUUCGUUAAUGUCAAACCUACGAUGCAGUUUGGUUGA